CUUCAACUUCUUCAUUAAAAUAACACACAUCCAAGACCCAGUCCCAGUUGAAAAUCCACAUGAUCCCUUCACUUACAAGCGAUUCAAAUCCAAACCCGUUUAAAGAAACUCAUAAAUUAUCAAUGCCCACCUACUAAUUUCAUUACCCAUAUAUCAUCAUCAUCACUCAUAGCUCCACUCAGCUACCACUGCAAUGAAGAUCACUUCUUUAUUCUACUUUUUAACUAUUUUCUUCACCGGAAUCUGCUUUACUGACUCCAUAUACAUAGAUUACAACACCACGGGUGGCAUUGUUCCGGGCAAGAUCAAUGUUCAUUUGGUACCUCACUCUCAUGAUGAUGUUGGCUGGUUAAAAACUGUUGACCAGUACUACUUUGGUGGCAACAAUUCACUUCGAGGAGCUUGCGUACAAAAUGUAUUGGACUCUGUUAUAUCUUCUUUGUUUGAGGAUAAGAAUCGCAAGUUCAUCUAUGUCGAAAUGGCAUUCUUUCAGAGAUGGUGGAGACAGCAAAGUGAUGCAAUGAAGGUUAAAGUCAAGGAGCUUGUCGAUUCUGGUCAACUCGAAUUCAUAAAUGGGGGCAUGUGUAUGCACGAUGAGGCAACUCCGCAUUACAUUGAUUUGAUUGAUCAAACAACUCUAGGUCAUAAAUUUAUCAAAGAUGAGUUUGGUCAGCUUCCUAGGAUCGGUUGGCAGAUUGACCCUUUUGGACAUUCUGCAGUUCAAGCUUAUUUGCUCGGUGCUGAGUUGGGAUUUGAUUCACUCUUCUUUGCUCGCAUUGAUUACCAAGAUAGAGCUAAGAGAUUAAAGGAGAAAAGCCUUGAAGUUAUCUGGCAGGGCUCUAAGUCCCUUGGUUCAAGUUCACAGAUAUUUACUGGUAUUUUUCCUAGGCAUUAUGAUCCCCCUGAUGGGUUCGUAUUUGAAAUAUUUGACGUAUCUGCUCCUAUUCAGGAUGAUGUUCUCCUAUUCGACUACAAUGUUCAAGAAAGAGUCGAUGACUUUGUAGCUGCUGUGUUAGCUCAGGCUAAUGUAACCAAGACAAAUCAUAUAAUGUGGCUGAUGGGGACAGAUUUUCGCUAUCAAUAUGCAAAUUCAUGGUUCAGGCAAAUUGACAAGUUCAUCCAUUAUGUUAAUCAGGAUGGUCGUGUAAAUGCUUUUUACUCAACCCCAUCCAUCUAUACUGAUGCAAAACACACAGCAAGUGAACAAUGGCCUCUUAAAACUGAAGAUUUCUUCCCGUAUGCAGAUCAUCCAAAUGCAUAUUGGACAGGCUAUUUUACAAGUCGGCCAGCCUUUAAAGGCUAUGUCAGAAUGAUCAGUGGUUACUAUCUUGCGGCAAGGCAACUUGAAUUCUUUAAAGGCAAGAGUAGUUCAGGACCAAACACUGACAAACUUGCUGAUGCUUUGGCAAUUGCUCAGCAUCAUGAUGCAGUUAGUGGUACUCAAAGGCAGCAUGUUGCUGCUGAUUAUGCCCUGCGAUUAUCAAUUGGCUAUUUGGAGGCUGAGAAAUUAGUUGCCUCUUCUCUAGCUUCCUUGGCUGACCCAAAAUCAAGCAUUGGACAGGAGAACACUGUCACAAAGUUUCAGCAGUGCCCGCUACUUAAUAUAAGUUACUGUCCUCCAUCAGAGGCCGUUUUGUCUGAUGAAAAAAGCUUGGUUGUUGUUGCCUACAAUCCUCUAGGGUGGAAGCGAGAGGAAGUCAUACGAAUCCCGGUUUCAACUGAAAAAGUUGUUGUUCAAGAUUCUAGUGGGAAAGAAAUUGAAUCUCAGCUUCUACCUAUAUUAAACGCAACUUUGUCUUUAAGAAACAAAUAUGUCAAAGCAUAUCUGGGUAAAUUCCCAAGUGAAACACUCAAGUAUUGGCUUGCAUUUUCAGUAUCCCUACCACCCCUUGGUUUCAGCACCUACACUGUUUCAAGUUCAAAACAGCCUGGGCCUAGUUCGACCCUCUCAGCAGUUUACACGCCAGAAGAAAGUUCAAGUGAGACCAUUCAAGUUGGCCAAGGAAGUUUAAAGUUACUUUAUUCUGCAGCUGAAGGGAAACUCACUCAUUAUCUUAAUAGUAGAAUGUUGGUUAGCACUGGUGUUGAACAAUCAUAUGGGUAUUACAGUGGAAAUGAUGGCACUGAUGUAGAUCCACAGGCAUCUGGUGCAUACGUCUUCCGUCCAAAUGAAACAUUUCCAAUAAUAUCGAAAAACGAGGUUCCUUUGACAUUUGUAAGGGGACCUCUAUUGGAUGAAGUACAUCAGCAGCUGAAUCCAUGGAUAUCUCAGAUUACCAGGGUCUACAAGGGAAAAGAGCAUGCUGAAAUUGAAUUCACUAUUGGGCCUAUACCUGUGGAUGAUGGGAUUGGGAAAGAAAUCACGACGCGAGUUACAACCACCAUGGCAACCAAUAAAACAUUCUAUACAGACUCUAAUGGUCGUGACUUUAUUAAACGGGUUCGAGAUUUCAGGACAGACUGGGACCUUGAAGAGCAUCAACCAAUUGCUGGAAAUUAUUACCCUAUCAAUCUUGGAAUUUACUUGCAAGACGACAAUACAGAACUCUCAGUGUUGGUAGAUCGUUCUGUAGGAGGAUCUAGUUUAGUGGACGGCCAAGUAGAACUGAUGCUCCAUAGGAGAUUGAUUCAUGAUGAUAUAAGAGGUGUUGGCGAAGUGCUGAACGAGACAGUUUGCUUUUCAAAUGGAUGCGAGGGUUUAACUAUCCAAGGAAGGUUUUUUGUUAGAAUUGAUCUCCUGGGUGAAGGUGCCAGGUGGCGUCGGAGAGUUGGCCAGGAGAUAUAUUCCCCAGUUCUCUUAGCUUUCUCAGAGCAGGAUGGAAGUAAUCGGAUGAGCUCCCAUACAGCUACUUUUUCAGGGAUUGAUCCAUCAUACGCUUUACCAAAUAAUGUUGCUGUGAUAACCCUUCAGGAACUAGAAAAUGGAAAAGUGCUUCUUCGGUUGGCUCACCUAUUUGAGACCGGGGAGGACAAAGAUUAUUCAGUGAUGGCGCAUGUAGAUUUGAAAAAGCUAUUUCCGAACAAGAAGAUUGCUAAAGUGACAGAGUUGAGUCUGUCGGCCAAUCAAGAAAGAGCUUCAAUGGAGAAGAAAAGGCUUGCUUGGAAAGUAGCAGGCGCGACAGAAGAAUACAAGGCAGUGAGGGGAGGACCGGUAGAUCCUAUCAAGUUAGUUGCGGAACUUGGUCCGAUGGAAAUUCGCACCUUCUUAAUUGAUCUUCCAAUGUUUAGUUCCUGAGAUGUAAAAUGAUCAGCUUCUGCGGCAUUUGAGCCACUUUACUGAAAUGUUACUCUUGACUUGUUGAGCAAGCACUUAAUCCUUGCGGAGAUGAGUUCACUAAGGUCACCAUUGGCUUUAAGUUUCAUAGCAGUUCUUUAAAAUGUAUAAAGCCAAUGAAUUCAGCUAGGUAGCACGGACUGAGACAUGAGAAAACGAGACAUCACACAAUAAAACAGUGUUAUUUGAAUAUUUUUAAUGUUAAAAAUAAAAUUUUAUGUUCGAAA